AAGCGAUACAACUUCGAGGACAGCAUCUUUGGCAAAGCCGACGCUCCUCCGCUAUGGGCUUUCCAGGCUGCGACUGCUGCGCCCCUCCUGCCUUCCUGUGAAGCCUCCCGUUUGCCCCGUCCGUGGCUGAGAGAAGAAGCGCGCGCGAGAGCGCUGGUGCGGGGCUCGUGCGGGUCCGCAGGCUGGGCCAAGCCAAGCAGAGCCACGGCUUACGCGCCCGCCCGGAAAGUAAAGGCAGCUCUCGUUCGCUGCCGCCCCGCCGCCCCCUUCGGACUCCCCGGUUGGUGACGGGCCCUGCAACACGAUGCCCGGGCGGCGGUUGUGGUGGUGGCGGCGGGGAGCGCUGGCGGAGCCGGCUGGCAGUUACUCCUGCAUGGCGUUAGUGCUGGCUUUUUUGCUCUUCCUGCUGCCCACCAGUUGCCCGGCGGUGGGCGCGCAGAAUGAUACCGAGCCCAUAGUGUUGGAGGGCAAGUGUUUGGUGGUAUGCGACUCUAGCCCGUCCGCCGACGGCGCCAUUACUUCAUCGCUGGGCAUCUCCGUGCGCUCUGGCAGCGCCAAGGUGGCUUUCUCGGCCACGCGCAGCACCAAUCACGAGCCGUCUGAGAUGAGCAACCGCACCAUGACCAUCUACUUCGACCAGGUAUUAGUUAAUAUUGGGAACCAUUUUGACCUCGCUUCCAGUAUAUUUGUAGCACCAAGAAAAGGAAUCUAUAGCUUCAGUUUCCAUGUUGUGAAGUAUAACCGACAAACUAUCCAGGUCAGUUUAAUGCAAAAUGGCUAUCCCGUGAUUUCUGCUUUUGCUGGAGAUCAAGACGUUACCAGGGAAGCAGCCAGCAAUGGAGUCUUGCUCUUGAUGGAAAGAGAAGACAAAGUGCAUCUCAAGCUGGAGAGAGGGAAUCUCAUGGGAGGAUGGAAAUAUUCAACCUUUUCAGGGUUCUUAGUCUUUCCAUUAUAAAGAAAAAAAACCAAGGUGAAUCCUAACCUGCAAGCUGGAACAGGAAUUCGGUUCUUAAAUGACAACAACAAUCCCAAGAAACUUCUGCCUCCUCCUCCUCGAACUGGGCUAGACCUGCCAAUAAUUCCAAACACCCAAUCAGACUGCCAUCACUGAAGAAGGAGAAAACUUCUUGAUGCCACUCUUUGUGUUAACUCUUGACAGUUCCUUGAGAAAUCUGCAGAUCUAAUUAGUUUUAGAUGACCAGUCAUCCUUAAGAAAAAAAAGAAGUUACCAACCUGAGCAAUUUGUACCUGUGAUUGUAAAGUCAAUUUUGGAUUUUAUUGUUGGGAUUCCAUGUCCUUUUUUCCCUUUCUUCCUCUUCUUGUCUUGAAGGGAUGCAUUAAUUGGAACCACAGAAGUGUUUGUAAUGGACUUAUUCCAAAGCCAGAAGACCCCGAUAUCUGAUGAUACGUUCCUAUAUGUUUUCUCUUUUGUGUUUGCAUAGCCUUAAAAAAGAAACAAACAAAGCACCAAGACAAACAUAAGAAUUUUUAAAUUAUUCAAACUUCAAAUCUGUAUCUUCUGGGGAGAGUAAUUUUUGGACAUUACUGUGUCAAGAAGUGCUUUAUUCAGUGAAGCAAAUUUUGCACGAUUGGAACCUAUUUUAUUUUGUGUUAUUCGUGUUUUCCAUCAUCCUUCUUUCCAUUUGAUGACUGUUCUUGUGCUAAAGAAGACAGGCGAUUUGACCCAUAUGAUAAAGCAAGCACAUAUAUACUCUGAGGCUUGCAG